AUGUCAGUUCUCGGAAAGACAGGUUCGAGAGUUGUCAUGGUGGAUAUGGUUAUGGAGCUCGUAACGACGACGGGUUGCGAAUCCUGGAGUCCUGGAGUUGCAAGAGACUUGAUCAUUGCUAACACGCAGUAUCAGAAAAGAAAAUCGCAUUUGAUCACGUGCACUACCGGCGGUCAUGAAGCACAAAUAGAUUUCUGGAUGUUACGCCGACGAAAUCGCCGACUUCUGCAGAAUUCAAAAGUCAUCACUACAGACCAUGUCACUGCCCAACACCAUUUGCUCGUCAUGGACUUGAAAAUCUCCCGUCCAAGGAAGAGACAUCCAAGCACUAAACACAGCGCAUCAAAUUGUGGAAUCUGA